CUUUUCCAUUCACACUCCCCCUAUGCUGGUCAGAAACUCCAGCAUACUUCAUGGGGAUCCACCGCAGGUUUUUUCGUCUGCGGCUUCACCCAAAAACUCAAAGCUUCCAGCCGACCGCGAAUCUUCGCUGUCGUGGCUCAGGCCAGGUGGCCUCACAAAGGGCGUUUCAAUGCCCGUGGACAUGCGACGAGCUCUUAGGUGCCGCCUGCUGCCAAGCCCCUUGCCCUCCAGGUUGUCCUGGAUCAUCAGCGAUCUCCGCCCUUCGACAGCCGCAGGAGCCCCACCCACUCUCUUCACCGCAGAUGCCCUUCGUGAUCUCCCGGAUCUCGCAGCCUGCCUCCAUCUCGCGAGGUUCCACCGCAAGAAGUUUGUGCUGCCAGACAAGGAGAACGCUGCGCAAAAGAAGAGACGGCUCACAGACAUCAGUUGCAUGGGAAUGGAAGAUGUAGAAGAAGAUGCCCAGGCAACAGGGCGGCGAAAAGCAGCCUACAGUGGAGGCUUAGUACUGGCUCCAAAGGCAGGUCUAUAUGACGAUUUUGUCAUGCUUCUGGAUUUCAACAGUCUGUACCCUUCAAUCAUCCAGGAGCAUAACAUUUGCUUCACCACAGUCGACAGACCGGAUGAGAACGAAGUCGCCAAGUUGGCCACAGAGGCGCAACUCUUGGCAAAGACACAUGCAGAUGGAAUGGCCGACGAAGGCAUCCUUCCGCAGGUUCUACGUCGUUUGGUAGACAGCCGACGCCAAGUGAAAGCUGCUAUGAAAGCUGAAAAGAACCCAAAGCUUCUACAGGUUCUUGAGAUCAGGCAGAAGGCCCUCAAGCUCACUGCCAAUUCUAUGUAUGGUUGUUUGGGCUUUCAACACAGCCGUUUCCACGCAAGGCCAUUGGCCGCCCUGAUUACAGCGAUGGGUCGAGAAGCCCUGCAAUCGACCAUUUCUGUUGUGAACCAAGAAUUGCAGCUCGAUGUGGUCUAUGGAGACACCGAUUCCGUUUUUGUCAACACAAAGACUUCCAAUUUCCAGCAGGCCAUGCAGAUUGGCGAGCAGAUCAAACGCUCAGUGAACAAGAGGUACAAAAAACUUGAGAUUGAGAUAGAUGGAGUAUUUGUUCGCUUGAUGCUGCUGAAGAAAAAAAAGUAUGCUGCGAUGAAGGUUUUGAACUGGGAAGAGCAGAUCUUUGAAAAAGAGUUCAAAGGCCUCGACAUUGUCAGACGCGACUGGUGUGGGCUAGCAAAGGAAAUGGGUGAGGCGAUCUUGAUGAGAAUCCUGGAUACAAAGUCAAACCAAGAAGAGUCUCUUCACUGGGUACAUCAGUAUUUGGCUGACAAGUCCAAGGAAAUGGAUGAUGGCAAGGUGUCGCUGGACAAGUUCAUCAUCACAAAGGGCCUCACAAAAGAUCCAAAGGACUACCCGGAUGCCAAAACCCAGCCCCAUGUGCAGGUAGCACUGAGAUUGAUUUCUCGUGGGAAGCAUGUUCGCCCAGGGCAAGAGAUCGGAUAUGUUAUUUGCAAUCCAACAGGGGAUGGUACCGCCAAAGAUCUCCUUGCUGAACGUGCACGCCAUCCACAUGACGUGCAGACGGACCAAAGCCUGAGCCUGGAUAUUGCAUGGUACAAGAAGCAGCAGGUACAUCCCCUCGUUUCUCGAAUACUUGCAGUUGUGGAAGGCACAAGCUCUGCAAGACUCGCUGAAUGCUUAGGCAUUGAUUCUACGCGAUUCUGUCAGGUUGUCCGCGCGGAAGAAAACGGAGAUGUUAUGGAAUCCUGCAUGCCGUCAAUGGCUACCGACUUGAAUGCCAUUUUUGACCGCAAGCUCCGGUUCAAUGGCUUCCCUUCGGUGCUCCAGGGAGUUAAAUGCAAAUCGUGUAGUGUGACAACAAAGUGGGAGCAGUUCUUGCUUGGCGAGUCGAGCUCAAAGGCCCAGCAGGCUUUUCGCUGCGCUGCCUGCCAGACGCCGGUGGAUGCCAAGGUUGUUCGGAACCUUUGGUUCAUGCAACUGAGGCGGCUUGUCAAGGAGCAUGGCGAAGGUUGGGUGCAGCCAGAAGAGAGCUCUUGCAUAGAGAAGACUCGCCGACUGAACAAGGGGCAAAAUCUGGUCAGCGAGAAGACUGUCUAUGCUGAGCUUGAGUUUGCAACCCACCUUUGUGAAUGCGCGAGGGAAAGGGCGGAGGAGAACGACUCUGUCAACGAGACGAUCCAGAAAAUGAACAAAGACGCUAGUUGUUGGCUUGGCUUCAACAGUUGGAAUUGGUUGGACCUGAAGCACAUCUUUGGCUCUUUCAAUACAACUCAGGCUGUGCAGGCUUCAUGA